UUUAACCUCGCAACUUGAUUCAAUCCGAUUACAAUUUUCAAAUGAAUAUAUGUUGAAGUUGAUUGUUUGAUUUGAUUUGUUGGUGGUAGUUUGUUUAAUACGGCUAAUUGGUUGUUGCAAGAUCAAGGGAUCGAAUCUUUUUUUUGGUAAAGGAUUUUAAUGGAAUUCCAUUUUAAUGAAGAGCAUUAGUCGUAUUCCGCCUCAGGGAGUGACGCAUAACUCUUAUGCGUCACUAACAAAAAGACGCAUAAUUCUUAUGCGUCGCUAUUAAAUGACGCAUAAUCAUUGUGCGUCUUUAGUUAAUGACGCAUAACCAUUGUGCGUCGUUUAUUAGAGACGCAUAACACUUAUGCGUCGUUUAUUAGAGACGCAUAAUACUUAUGCGCCGUUUAAUAGCGACGCAUAACUCUUAUGCGUCUUUAGUUAUCGACGCAUAAUACUUAUGCGUCGUUGGUUGAGUUUUAAAACGGGCAGAAGGCAGAAUCAGGUAGAAACGCGACGAAAGAGGCGAAGCAGGCGAUUUCCGAUGAAUCCGAGCAAAAUCCGGCGAAUUACCACCAUUUUGCAACCAUUUUCCGUAGAUGGCAUCUGCAAGUUCCGAACAACAGUUAUGCUAUGGACCUGAGGAUCCAUCACUACUGUUUCAUCAGAGCGAACACAUUUCAAGCUCGUUGUUGGCGAAUGGCACAACAAAUGUGUUGAGAAGUCGUAGGACGGAGAGUAAGGUGUGGGCAUUGCCUAUACAUGAAAAUGUGAUGUAUUGGCUAGGUGUAUGGGGGUUCAGAGGCGUGGUUGAAUGUGGAAGACCGAUGAGGAUGGACAAUGAGCUAAUAACUGCCUUGAUCGAGCGCUGGAGGCCUGAGACACACUGUUUCCACCUUCCAGUUGGGGAAGUUACUGUUACCUUACAUGAUGUGCAAAGCCUGUGGGGUUUGAGAGCAGACGGUCGUGCUUUCACUGGCCGUGACUACCCUGUUGGAUUUGAAGAUUGGUCCAGCAAGUGUAGAGAUUUGUUGGGAUGGAUACCUGACUCAGAAACCGAAACGAAGCACGGUGGUUUGUUGAUGACGUCUCUGAUCCACCAAGCGACGAUGCCGUUGGGUGAUGGGCUGCCUGUGUAUGCAUACAUUCAAAGAGCACGCAUACAUGCUCUGAUCCUGUUAGGGGGGCUUAUUUUACCGGACACCACAGGGUGCAAGGUCCCCUUUAUGUGGUUAAAUGCCUUAGACGAUCCGGAAGAUGUGGCUAAUAUCAGUUGGGGUAGUGCUGCGUUAGCAUACCUGUAUCAUUAUUUGUGCGAGGCUUCUGUAGGCAGACAGAGAAGAGAUGUGGGUGGACCUAUGGUUCUCUUGCAGUUGUGGGCCUGGGAAAGAAUGCCUACAUUGAGGCCAGCCUUCUUGAUAUCGCCUAUGCACACGCCGUAUACCCCGUGCGGAGCCAAGUGGCACGGAGUUACUGAAAUUGGAAAUGCGCCCCGACAUUCAGUAGCUCAUUAUCGUGAUCAGUUAUCACUGAUCCGUCCUGGCCAGUUUCUGUGGACACCCUAUGCAGACUGUAUCCUCCCUGAGUACUGCAUUGAUUCGACUGCAUCCUACUUGUGCGAUACUUAUUUGGUGUGCUGGUCAUUUGUCGAGGCACACGAGGCUGGACGCGUUUGUCGACAAUUUAACCGCUACCAGCGUAUUCCUCAGUACUGUGAUAGGAUGCUACAUAGCUCCGGCCAUUUGAGUAAAAGUCAUCGCCGUGGGAGGAAGGGCGCUGAUUGGGCUAAGGUACAUAAGUUCUUCAUUAAUGAAUGGGACUUGCGCCACGACAGGUUCCAAGCAACUUUUGACCACGCAACGGCGACACUAGAUGGUCGCAUUAAUCCGGGUUAUAUGGCGUGGUACAAUAGGAUCACCGUGUCGUACCUAGUUCAACCUGGGACACAGUCAACUGACGGGAUGAACGAGGCAGCCUCUUCUAAUUUAUUGGCGGUUGAGACCCUUCAGGGGAUAUGGCAUUUGACCUCUGAGCAUGACACAGACCCUCGGUUCAGGCAGAUUCGAGACAUGGCUGCUUCGGCACUUCGUGCGAUGAACCAUGCUGAUGCGAUGGAGUAUCCAUCUUCUCAACGGCAAAAUGUGGUCGUGCCGCCACGCCCACCAACUUCUCUUCGUCAUGGACUGCCGGGUGUCUGGACGGGUGGGCACGGGAUUACACGACAGCAUAGGUUGGCGCAGCAGCAGCAACCGCAACCUGAGUAUGCGGUACCAGAGCCCUUGAGUCCGGAGUACGAUCCCCCAGGAUGGUCUCAGUUGAGUGGUGCAAGCAUUGAGCCCUCGCAAUGGGGAGCACGCGCGUCAUGUGAUUCAUUCUUUGGAGGUGUGUCUGAUUGGGAUGCAUCUCAACAAGGACGUGACACGUACUUUCAGAAUUAUCAAUUUAUGGAUCGUGUGGGGGGAAGAAGAGGGUCAGGAAGAAGAGGGUCCGGAAGAAGAGGGAGGGGAAGAAGAGGGUCAGGAAGAAGAGGGUCCGGAAGAAUAGGGCGGGGAGGAACAUGACGAAGUAAUAUUCCGACCACCGACCGCGGGAUCCUCACGAUCAUCAAGUACGAUUGGCCGGGCUAUGCAGAAUGUAUUCAGGGGCUUCUCAACAAGGAAGAACAAAGGGAAGGCUCCAACAAAGUUCACGCCUCCAUCUAGAUA